UCUCCUUCCUACUCAGAAGUCCACGCACGCGGCACACCCAUGUACCCUUCAUCUCAACCUCAAAGGCCUUCCUCCAUGGCAUCACAAGGAGGCCUCACCCGCUACUGCUCUGCACCAGGCUCUCUCUUAACCAGCGCCGUCAAUUCAGUCAUCGGCGGCGGCAGUGGUGAGCAAGAAUUCUCAGCCGUGGGAUCGGAAUCCAUGAUGGGUCGAUUCUUCACGGCCGAUUUGUCGUCUCUAACGUCGGAAUCAAGCUGCAAAGCCAACGUCUCUCCUGAUCUCAAAGAAGCUUAUCGAGGACCAGGGAACGGAAGGGUUGGCGGCGCCACCAGCUCCUCCGCCGGUCUAGAGAAAUCCUACGGAUUGAACGAGAUAGCCCUUGGAGAUUUCGAUACGUCUAGUUUCAGAGGUGCUGGUGGUGCUGUAGGUGUCGCAGCCUCCGGUGGCGGUGGCGGUGGCGGCGGUGGCGGCGUAGGACCCUCGUCACUGACUAGGCAUAGCAGCUCUCCUGCCGGGUUCUUCAACCAUCUCUUGGUUGAUAAUAAUAACGGUUUUUCUGUUAUAAGGGGAACUGGAAGCUAUAACUCCCAAACUAAUGGACAAUUAAAGACUCAGUUGAGCUUCACAAGUAGGCAAGAUUCCCUUUCUCAGAUUUCUGAGGUCAGUGAGAACAUCGUCGGUGGUUGCAGCUCUGAUGAAGGCGCCGGAAAAGUUGGACAUUCUUAUGGCUCUAGUAGCUUCCCAGUUGGAUCAUGGGAUGAAACAAAUUCCAUCUUCUUUUCAAAUCCAUCAAAUAAACGAGCUAAAAUCGUCACCGGUGACAAUGUCAUCGGUCUUAACGGCUUAGACACUCAGUUUAGCUUAACUAGAUCAUCACUAGAGAUGUCUAAUGUAGAGAAGUACCUACAUAUGAAUCAAGAUCCUGUCAAAAUCCGUGCUAAGCGUGGUUGUGCAACUCACCCACGAAGCAUUGCCGAGAGGGAGAGGAGAACAAGAAUAAGUGAGAAAUUAAAGAAACUGCAAGAGCUUGUACCAAACAUGGACAAGCAAACAAAUACUGCAGACAUGUUGGAUUUGGCAGUGCAACAUAUCAAAUGCCUCCAGACCCAAGUGCAGAAACUCAACAAAAAUGUUGAGAAUUGCACGUGUGGAAGCAAUAAGAAAGAAAAGUAACAUUUUCUUAAAAAGAAAAGAUGGGAAAUAACUGUUCCAUUGUUGAAAACGAGUAGAAGAAGCAAGACGUAGAGCUGUUGAAGAAGGUAAAGGACUAAAAGCAAGACUAAUACCUUAACCUUACCAAGUGAAAAAGAUGGAAACCAGCUUUGCAUUUCAGAAACUUUUUUUUUUUUUUUUUUGGAGCUUGAGAGAGAGAAAGAGCAUGUAAAAGGAAUUAACGAUUUUUUUUUUUUUUUCCUUUUAAGUUAUUCUUCCAUCCUUCCCAUCUUUUCUCUUCUUUAUCAACAAGUCUGUUUUGUUUCAAGUUUAAGAGUUAUUGAUGUUAUGUUGGUUUAUUAUUCUACCAAAAAAACAAUGUUGGUUUAUUAUUUAGUGUA